AUGAUGGAGAAGUACAGGGAAGGACAGAAGGAGCUGUAUUGUGUGUUUAUAAAUCUAGAAAAGGCUUAUGAUCGGGUGCCAAGAGAAGAGCUGUGGUAUUGCAUGAGGUGCUUGGAAGUGGCAGAGAAAUAUGUGAAGGUGGCGAAGGACAGGUAUGAAAACAAUGUAACAGUAGUAAGGUGUGCUGCAGGAAUGAUGGAGGGUUUCAAGGUGGAGGUGGGACUGCACCAGGGAUUGGCUUUGAGCCCCUUCCUGUUUGCAGGAGUGAUGGACAGACUGACUGAUGAGAGGAGACACAAUCUUUUCCGUGAGGAUGAUGGAUCAUUUGAUUAUUCUGGUAACUCUGAUAAUGAUGACUCUCCCUGCACCUGGAUUGAGCCACCCACCUUCUUUGCGAAAGUUAAGACUGGUUUUGGUCUGGAUGGCAAGAGUGGCCCUUCUAAUCUCAAAAGCACCUCCCUUGUGGCCAUGGUUAGACAAGUCUUGGCCUCCAACUCCUGCAUCAUGUGGUGGAGGAACAUUGAAGUGGCAGUCACUGUGACCUCAGAUAAGACCUGCAUCAUGCAAGCUUUGCUCUAG